AUGAUAUCAUCAACUCAAAAAAAGAGGGAUACAGCAUUAAGACUGGCGAGAAAGAAGGCGAAACAACAAAAGGUGGAGGACAAUGGUGCAGAGGACAAUGCUGUUGCUAAUACCGCUGAUACUACUGGUGAUGUGGAGACUCAGACAACGACAAUGACAACAGAGACUACAACAGCGACAGCACUGAAACCUAUACUCAAGACAAAGAAGAAGCAGUUGCAACAGCAAAAGGAAAAGGAGCAACAGACUACGCCCACUAAGAAUGUCGUCUUCAACUUUGAGAGAAACCAGACGCAGUUGUUCAACAAGCUGAGAACAGUGGCUGACAUCAAGCCUGCUGUAAAGCUUGCCCCAAUCAUCCCAGCCGCCGCCCCAGCGCCAACAACACCCAUCGCCACUACCACCACAUCCACAACUUCCACCACCUCCACCACACCCAGCACAACUCCAGCAGUACCAAAGCCAAAGCAAACAAAGAAGAAAGAGGCAGCACUGAUACAGCAGCAACAAGAGCAAAAGCAAGCAGAUCAGGUUAUUGAGGAGCCAGCUGUCUCUGUUCCUGCCCCGCCCAAAGAGCAGGCAAGGAAGCAGAAGCCACAAAAACAGCAACAGGAGAUCAAGGAUGUUGAACCAAUGAAUGAGGAUGGCGAUGAUUUAAAGAAGGUGGAGCAGCAGCAGAAGAAGAAUGGCAAGAAGCAGACUACAAAUGGUGCAGCACCUGCUGCUGCAGUUGUGGCCGAGACAAAGAAGUCCACAACAGCACAAGCCGCGAAUGUUGGAGAGACUGCUGCUGUGAACAAGGCAGGCAAGAAGACUGCCUCGAAGGUUGCUGCAAAGGCUGCUGUGAAUGGUACACACAAGGAUGUUUCAGAGACAGGCGACAAUGUGGCACCCACCGCCCAGACAACCCCAACUCCAGCCAACAACAAGUCUGAAAAGGCUGACAAGAAGUCUGUGGCAGGCGCGCCAAAGAAGGACAGGGAGGUCAUCAGUGGCUUCAACAUCCUUCCAGUGUCCAUCCCCAACACGCCAAUCAAGAAGUACAUAUACUACAAGAAGGAGACGAGCAAGAAGUGGCCAAUCAACAAGACAUUGUUUGUUGCCAAUCUGCCGCAGAGCUGCACUACACUUCUCGAAGUCCAGGUGUUGUUCCAAUCGACGGAUAUCGAGUCCGUUCAUUUUGGCGCAGCCAACAAUGCUGCCGAACAAUCAGCUGCACAGGGUGUCGUGCCAACAACAAGUGAUGAUGCCAAGGAGAACACUGGUGUCGCACACAUUGUCAUGUCCUCGCCCAAGACUCUCCAGGAGUUAAUGCAAUACCUAACCACACUGGAAGUACAACUACCAGUGCACACAACUGAUGGAUAUGAUGACAUGAUGAACGAGGAACAAUCAAAGAUCAUCUCGGAUUAUGACAAGUUGCAGGCGACAUUGGACCAGAUCAUGAUGGACUAUGACAAGAGAUUAUUGAUCGAGCAGAACGAGCGUAGACAGCAAUCCACUCAACCGGAUGAGGACGGUUUCGUCCUGGUCACUGGCAGCAACAAGAACUUCAAGCCAAUGACCACCGAGGAGGCCAAGGCACUCAAUGACUCUAGACGACACAAGAACUUCUACUCCUUCCAGCAGCGACAGCAGAAGAAGCAGGAGCUCGAUGAUCUGCGCAAGAAGUUCGAAGAGGACAAGCAAAAGAUCGCCAAGAUGAGCGCCGCAAGGAAGUUCAAGCCAUACUAG